ACUGCGGGCCGAGCAAGACUGGUUGUUGCUGUGUUAAGGUGUCCCGUUGCAAGACCAGCACCGAAGAAUGUGACUAAACCUUGUUGUACAUCAACAACACACAUCAAGUCUCCAUAUCAGAGGAUGGACGCGCAAGACCAGGAGACUCUGGGCAGGUGGGACGGGCUGGCCAGCCGGGACCCCGGCUCCAGGACUGCUGCCAUGGAGCACAUUCGCCAAGAGGUCAUGAGGAAGGUGGAGGCCAUCGGGCCCGUACCGCCGUCCUCGCCGGCGUCCGGGUCCCCACCCAGCAGCGACCUGAACGCCGUCCUGGCCAACCUGCUCAUGCUCACCAAGCGGUGUCCUUUCGAAGACGUGAGGGAGCGAUGCGUCCGGCUUUUGCAGGCCGUCCAGGAUCUGGGAGUGCGUAUCCCAAGACCCCUGGGCAACGGGCCAAGUAGAUUUAUCCCUGAAAAAGAGAUUCUUCAAGUCAGUAAAGUGGACACCAGGACACAAUCGAUAUUUGAGGAUGCGUUCGCCGCCCUCGGCCGCCUGGACAACAUCUCCCUGGUGAUGGGCUUCCACCCGCAGUACCUGGAGAGCUUCCUGCGCACGCAGCACUACUUGCUGCAGAUGGACGGGCCACUGUCGCUGCACUACCGCCACUACAUCGGCAUCAUGGCGGCAGCUCGACACCAGUGCUCCUAUCUGGUCAACCUGCACGUCAACGACUUCCUGCAGGUGGGAGGGGACCCCAAGUGGCUCAACGGGCUGGACGGAGCCCCGCGAAAGCUGCAGCAGCUGGGCGAGCUCAACAAAAUCCUGGCCCACCGACCCUGGCUGCUCACCAAGGAGCACAUCGAGGGUCUCCUAAAGGCCGAGGAGCACAGCUGGUCCCUGGCGGAGCUCAUCCACGCCGUGGUCCUCCUCACGCACUACCACUCGCUGGCCUCCUUCACCUUCGGCUGCGGCAUCGUGCCGGAGAUCCACUGCGACGGCGGCCACACCUUCCGGCCGCCUUCGCUCGGCCAUUACUGCGUGUGCGACAUCGCCAACGGCAACAACCACCACGACAGUCCCUUUGGCAGCCAGGAGGUGUGCGGCGGUGAGGUGGAGGUGCUGAUGGAGCGCAUGAAGCAGCUGCAGGAGUGCCGCGACGACGAGGAGGCCAGCCAGGAGGAGAUGGCCACGCGCUUCGAGCGGGAGAAGACGGAGAGCAUGCUGGUGGUGACGGCCGAGGACGAGGAGUGGGUGCCGUCCCGCGACAUCUCGCGACACUUCGAGGACCCCAGCUACGGCUACAAGGAUUUCUCCAGGAGGGGCGAGCACGUGCCCACUUUCAGAGUGCAGGACUAUAGCUGGGAGGACCACGGCUACUCCCUGGUGAACCGUCUGUACCCUGACGUGGGUCAGAUGCUGGAUGAGAAGUUCCAGAUGGCGUACAACCUGACGUACAACACUAUGGCCACGCACAAGGACGUGGACACCAGCAUGCUGCGCAGAGCCAUCUGGAACUACAUACACUGCAUGUUCGGCAUCAGGUAUGACGACUACGACUACGGCGAGAUCAACCAGCUGCUGGACCGCAGCUUCAAGAUCUACAUCAAGACCAUGGUGUGCAGCCCCGAGAAGACCACCAAGCGAAUGUACGAGAGCUUCUGGAGGCAGUUCCAGCACUCUGAGAAGGUCCAUGUUAAUCUGCUUCUUAUGGAAGCGCGAAUGCAAGCCGAACUCUUAUACGCUCUGAGAGCCAUCACUCGCUACAUGACAUGAAGUGCUUCUUUUUUUUGUUGUUAGUUUUUUGUUUUUGUUUAUUAUAUUCUAGUUUUUAUUACGUCAUUGUUGGGAUAUUUCAAGAGAACAUUUUUGGGGGGUGAGGAGCUGGAUGGUAGAUCAGAACAAAGAGUCAAAUUUUUUAUCCCCCCCCCCCCCCCCAAGACUGCAGUGCCAAAAGUGACCAGAACUAGGCAGCAUCAGGCUUUAAAAAAAAAAAAAGAAAGCACUGACAGCGUGUUCAGGAUUUUUUUCAGUAUUCCAGCAACAUCCCCGUCAUUCAUUUUCUUAUUAUUUUCUUUUUUUUUUCUUUCUACAUAUCUCGUUUUGAUUUCAAUCAUCACCGUUUUGGGGCCCGUACUUGUGUGACUGAACUACACAGCGUGUGUACAUGAAGAUAAUGAUGCUGCUCCGCCUUGUAUUCAGUGGGGGCGGGGGUCAUAUUGACCCCUCCUCUCACCCCCCCCCCCAAAAAAAAAAUAAUGUUCCCCCAUCCCAAAUGUCUGCGUAAGCUAAUUCAAGGAGUGUGUGCAAACUCAUGGAACACUGAGCCCUAUUUGAGUUGUGUGUGCAAAAAAAAAAAAAUAUUAUUUUUUUUUUUUUCCAUGUCAAAAAAAAAAAAAAAGGCGAGGCACAUUGAAGGAGACUUCUUGCUUCUGCUGUAGCGCUGUUAUUUUUGACAUAACUGUUUAUCAAUGAUGACAUCAUUAUUAUUCUUUGUUAAAGGGGCUUUUUGAGAAAGAAUGAAAGAAAGAGGUUCUCCAGGAUGGCGGUCUGUCUGGCAGGGAUUGGUCUGGCGACACAUGCGCACACAGACACACACACACACACACACACACACACACUGCUAGCUGUCUUCCACGUUAUCCCGACCGCCUGGUCCACCCCUUUUUGGAAGGCUGUGAAUUUUACCAGUAAAAUAAAUACCUCUUCUAUCUCCAUUAAAAUGAUCUCGCUGUGAAAAAAAUUAAAAAUAAAAAGCAUGUACAGUGGUAGCUUGACUAACUCAAGUCAAAGUACCACUGUAUCUCCAAAUCGUUUUUGUGGACAUGCAUGCUUUUUUUUUUUUGUCAGAGGGCGACUGUUUAAGAAGUGCUCUUUGGUGAGCAGACUUAUUUUUUUUCUUCUCCCUGGGCAGCCACGUUCCCGUUUGCUAAGGGGACGACGCCAGCCCGCCAUCAGGCUGAUUUGCGCUCGAUCGGAUCGCAAACGGUGGUAGCUGUGCUUAUUGAAGCCCAACUAGUGCAAAAAAAAAAAAAAAAAAAAAAAAAACUGCUUUUGUUUUAUUGAAAGUUUUGUUGACCAAAAAGCAGUUAAGUAUUGCGUUGUUGUUCUUAUGAGGGCGGAUUAAGACAAGUGAUGGCGUGGAGGUUUCGACAGAAAGAAUGGUACCAUUGGAAGUGAGUCGGAAGAAAGUGAAAGAGCUUUUUGUUUUUCAAAACUUCUGACUGACGUCAGUUACUGACACUUUUUGUUUUAUAGAAAAUCUAUGAAAAAAUGAUGGACAAAAAAAAUAAACUUAUGAUAUUGAAUUGUUGUGUAUUCUUUGUAGCAUUGUCUCGUCCUAAACUUGGUUACAUUGAGUCAUCCGUCUUGGCAGGACGGCCAACUUAACACUGAUCGAGCGCACAACACUGCCUUUGGUAGUGCAGUGGUUCACGUAGCGACAGCUCAAUUGCAAUUCUUCUUUUGAACUAGAGCUUGUCCUGCUUGCCUUUGUUACACAAGGAAAUUGGAAAAACAAAAAGAAAUUAUGAAAGGCUGCUAAAUUCAAUUUGUGGGCCUAUUUGAGUGUUAUAACAUCAUCACCAGCACAAAUCACCAACCCCCCCCCCCCAAACUGCUUUCACAUCUCAUUUAGGAUUUAAAAAAAAAAAAAAAAAAAAAAUCUCGAUCAGCCGGCUAAUAUUUUAUAUCACUAGUAAUGUUUUGAUGAGAUGUAAAGGUUGUUUUUCUUUAAUCUUGAUACAUGAAGUGCUGUUCCUGACUUGUGUUGAUGUAACAACCAUGUGACUUUGAAAAUGCUGUACUUUAGGCGACUUGUAAGCACUGCCUGGCCCCCCCAAGUCUGUGUAACAUGAAACAUGAUAAUAAUAAAGGCUUUGAGGCGACAACA